UAUAUACAAAAAGGGAAGGAUCUUGCAUGAGAUACCAAAAGGGGUUCUUUUGAUUUGAUUCUUUAAUAUUCUUACACAAUCAAGUUUGAUUCUAUAACUAAGCGAAAAAAUUUGAACAAAAAAAAAAAUGGAUUUUUGGCCAGAGUUUCUUGCAAGCAGUUGGGGUAAGGAAUUUGUGGCCGGAGGAUUUGGUGGGUCUGCCGGAAUAAUUGCCGGAUACCCACUUGAUAGUAUCAGAGUCCGGCAACAAAGCUCACAAUCUGGUUCUGCUUUUAGUAUAUUUAGGAAUGUUGCAGCUAAAGAAGGCCCACUUGCCCUUUAUAGAGGCAUGGCUGCUCCCCUUGCCUCUGUUACCUUCCAGAAUGCCAUGGUGUUUCAAAUCUAUGCUAUCUUGUCCCGGGCAUUCGACUCGUCUUGUUGCUCCAACGAACCUCCGUCUUACAAAGGUGUUGCGUUAGGAGGUGUAGGAGCUGGAGCUAUCCAAAGCCUAAUGCUUUCCCCUAUAGAAUUAAUCAAGAUCCGACUACAAUUACAAACACAAGUCCAAUGUAAACACACCGAAAAAGGUCCCAUUAGCGUAGGAAGAAACAUAUUGAGAACAGAAGGUUGGAGAGGGCUCUACAGAGGGUUAACCAUCACUGCUUUAAGAGAUGCGCCUGCACAUGGUUUUUAUUUUUGGACAUAUGAAUUCAUGAGAGAAAGACUUCAUCCGGGGUGUCGUGCAAGUGGUCAAGAAAGCUUUCACACGAUGCUUGUUGCUGGCGGUCUUGCAGGUGUUGCUAGUUGGGUUUGUUGCUACCCUUUAGAUGUCCUUAAAACAAGAAUUCAAGCACAAACACCUGCUUCAACAAUAAAGUAUAAUGGAAUUGUGGAUUGUUUUUUUAAAAGUGUUGCAAAUGAUGGAUACAAUGUGCUGUUUAGAGGAUUGGGAACUGCAGUUUGUAGAGCUUUUGUGGUUAACGGAGCUAUUUUCACAGCCUAUGAAACCGCAUUAAGGGUCUUUUUCAACAACAAUGGUAAGCAUGAAACUCUUUAGGCAGAGAGUGCCAUACAAAGACAAUUGAAGAAAACAUCUAAACAGGAAGUUAUGAAUCUUGAAAGUUCAGAAAUCCAAAUUGUUUCAUGUCGAUUCGGUAGUUGUACAGCAUUCAAGAAAUGAUGUUUCGGUUAUCUGAUAAAUCAGAUAGUACGCAUUAUUCAGCAUUUCAAUAUAACUUUUCAUGUUAUAUCACAGCAGAAUGGAUCAGAUACAAAACACAUUAUAUAGUAGUUGGAUAUAAAGUUUUGAAUUUGAAGGGUACCUUUUCAUGCUACUACUCUACAAAUAUAUGUAUAACAACAAAUGAUCCCAGAUAUGGUAUCCUAGUACUCUAGUAGUGGGGACAUUAUAUAAAAACAUGAGAAAUCAUGUUUCAUCUCCCUUUAAACAUAGGAAAAUAAUAAGGGUACGAAAAAAAAUGAUAAUUGUACCAUAAUAUAAAAUGUAAUGUAGUGUUGUGGUAGAUUCUUUUA